AUGCCGCCGCCGCGCCAAGCCCGCCUCUCUUCCCGGCCCUACUAUUCCGUGGCAGCUGCGGAGCGUAGCAGUAGCACCAGGGGCUGGCUGGCCGUCCGUCGAAACAGGCCCUCCAAGCGGGCGCGGGCGCCGGUCGACACGAUCGCGCAAGGCGACGAGGACGGCACGCCGCUCACGGAUGAGAUCCUCGUCGGCAUCUUCGCCGGCUUGCCGGAUUUCUCCGAUCUGGUCCGUUGCGCGGCCACAUGCAAGCGGUGGUGCCGCCUGGUCUCCGGCGAGGCCUCCUUCAUCUGCCGCAGUAGGCGCUGCCGGCCCUACGUCCGCAGCCUCGCCCUUGGUUUUUUCUACUUGCACCGCCGAGGCGCCGUGCCACGCUUUGCCGCCACCGCGUCCGCCUCGCGCCGACUCGCCCUUCGGCAGCCCUCGCUGAACGCACUCGUGGAAGGCCUGGACGACGGCCUGUUCGAUUCAUCUAGACUCGUUGCCUCCCGGAACGGCCUCGUCGUCGUCGAGCUCCAGCGUGGGAAGCGCGAGCGGGCACUGAAGCUAUGCGUGUGCAACCCAAUGACCGGGGAAGUUACUGUCCUCCCGUCCCUCAGCGGCAAGGAAAUCGUGCGACCGUAUGCUUCUACCAUCGUCACCGCCGACGAUGACAACGACAACGACGAUCGGACUAUCGGAGUCACAGCAGGGACUCGCCGAGAGCACAGUCAGAUCCAUUCUUCAGACUGUGAAAUUGUGGCUCCGCCGCUGGAUCGGAGUCACGGCAGGGACUCGCCAAGAGCACCGUCCUCUUACAACGUGCUGCUCGUGUACUGCCGGCGCGGCUUUACUGCAUGCCGGACCUACGUGUCCGACAGCGGCCGGUGGGGCCCCGAGGAAAAGGUGACUGAUGCCAGACGUCUGGGCAAAAAGCAGAUGGCAGCAAUGGCGGCGGGCAAGAGCGUCGUGGUCCACAAGGUGGUGUACUGGCAUGCAAAGACCAUGGUGUUCGGGCUGCGCCUCGACACGCUGCAGGCACAACACGUGGACAUGCCGCCAGUCACCGGAAAUGACCCCGCCGGCAACACGCUGUUGGGCGUGUCGCCGGAGGGGAGGCUGCGCGUCGUCCAGGUUGUUGAAAUGACAUCCUACCCCAGCCCGGCGAUGGUCAAACGGAGCGUCGCCAUUGUCGUGGUCACCGGCCGGAGUGCCACCAACGGCACAUGCCUAUGGGAUCAGCCCGAGCCCCGGCAGCUGCAGUGGAUGUGUGAAAAGAGCGGGAUGGUCUUCUUCACUGCUGGGUGGGACAAUGACCAGACAGGUGACGUGUACGCGAUGAGCCUCGACAAGCAAGAGGUGGAGAAGGUGGCGAAUCACCAUGGAGGUCCAUCUUGGGAGAACUUGCAUGGGUACGAGAUGGACAGGACGUCAUACUUGUCCUCGCUCGCCAUGGACGACGAUGACCCAUGA